AAACAAAAUCAAAAUUGAAAGUUGAAAAUUGAAACGCUCCAUUUUUCCGCCACUGAGACAAUCAAUGGAGGAGGAGAAGCAGAAAAGUCUCAGUCCUCCGCCGUGUCCUUCAACCGUAACAGUACGACGAAACCCUCCGAGGAGAGCUAGAGCAACACCGUAUACCACUACAACCAAGCAACAACAACCACCUCUCUCCUCUCACGACGUUCCUACUUUCCCAAUCGACGAGAUUCUCUCCAUCCAAAUCCCUCAAUCCGAAACCAAACCCUCCUCCGUUUCAGAGAGCUUGAAGAUCUUCCUGAGAAUCAAACCUUUGAAAACCUUCACCAAGGUUAUUACCACCACUACAGCGAAGAGCAGACCUAGAAAUGUCUGGCCGCAGAAUCCUUCGAAGAAGAACACCGCGAAGGAGAAUAGGAACCCGGAGGUUGCGAAGAGGGUUAAGAAGAGGGACGAAGAGUCGGCGGCGGUGGCUUGUAUUGCGUUGAACGAUUCGUAUUCAGUCACAUUAACUCCGCCUCAAGCUUUGCAAGAGCUGAAACGAAGCAAGACUGAGGUUUACGAAGGGUUUUCUCAUGUCUUCCCGGCUGAUUGUUCCCAGAACGAUGUGUAUGAUAAAAUGGUUCAACCUUUGUUGGAGGAUUUCAUGAAAGGGAAAAGUGGAAUGUUGGCUGCGUUGGGACCUAGUGGCUCUGGGAAGACUCAUACUGUCUUUGGAACUUUGAAGAAUCCUGGAAUUGUGCCAAUUACUCUCCGUCAGAUUUUCAAUAAGAGUGAUCAGAGUUCUGAUGUUUCUGUGAGGUCAUUUAACAUGUCCAUAUUUGAAAUAUGCUCCGAACGAGGGAAAGGGGAGAAAGCUUAUGAUUUACUAAGUGGUGAAAGCUCUGAAUUGUCUGUGCAGCAAUCGACCAUCAGGGGUUUGAAAGAGGUCCCAAUCCAGAGUUUGGAGGAAGCGGAGUCUUUAAUUGGACAAGCAAUGCUGAAACGUGCAACAGCUACCACAAACUCGAACAGUCAAUCAAGGUACUCACAAUGCGUCAUUAAUAUACGAGCGUCAUGCAAUGGCUUCUCCAACGAAACAAAAAUGCAGUCUAGUGAUGCUAUGCUGACAAUAGUGGAUCUGGCGGGUGCAGAAAGAGAGAAAAGAACAGGAAAUCAGGGAGAAAGGUUGGUUGAGAGUAAUUUCAUCAAUAACACAUCCAUGGUUUUCGGUCAAUGUUUACGGUCACUGUUGGAGUACCAGAAGAACCGAAAGAAAGGAUUUCAGAAACAUCAUCAGAAUUCUUUGUUAACAAGGUACUUGCGCGAUUACCUAGAGGGGAAAAAACGGAUGGCUUUGAUUUUAACUGUCAAAGCAGGGGAAGAGGAUUAUCUUGAUACCUCUUAUCUUUUGAGACAAGCAUCACCGUAUAUGAAAAUAAAAUUUGAUAACACUGAGGAACCUUGCAACAAGAGGCAGCUCAAGACAUGUCCACGAGCUGAAAAGAACAAGAAGAUUAAACUUAGUGCUCCCAAGAACUCCCAAAUUGAAGACAUUUCCCAUGGAGAGAGAAACCAAAUUGCACAGGAAGUGCAUUUGCAGGGAAAGAAAUCUGAUGCAACCGACAGAUCACCUCCGAGGCUGGAACAUGUUGCCCAAGAUAAAAAUGAGCGAGAGCACAUCAUCAUGCGGAAUUUUUCUAGAGUCUUAUGGAAUGUUCUGAAGCAGUACAACGAAAAACUAAAAGUUGCAGAAGGUGAAAUUUGCACUCUCAAGGAUAGCCUUCGAAGAGAACAGCUAAAAUCUCUUGGAUUGGAGACAGAGUUGAUCAGUCUCAAGUCCUCUUGCCUGGUAGAGUCAUGUAUACCUGAGGUAGAAGCUGUUGUAUAUGUAAACGAAGAAGCCAACGCAGAUGAAUCCAGCGAGUCUCCUGUGCCAAGCAAAAAUGUGAAAGAUGAUGUACUUGUUCGAAGUCACUUGUCUUCUCAGAAUGACGCAGAGCCAACACAGUCUGUCAAUUCUGAAGAAAAUGUGGGGAUUCCUUCUGGGACUACUCACGUUGAAACUGAAGUUACCGAGUCUCCAAGAGAUCAGGUGAAAGAUGCUGUACUCGUUCCAUGUCACUUGUCUUCUCAGAAUGAUGCAGAGCCAAGACAGUCUGUCAGUGCUGAAGAAGAUGUGGGGAUUCCUUCUGCGACUACUCAUGUUGAAACUGAAGUUACUGAGUCUCCAAGAGAUCAGGUAAAAGAUGCUGUACUUGUUCCGUGUCACUUGUCUUCUCAGAAUGAUGCAGAGCCAAGGCAGUCUAUCAAUUCUGAAGAAAAUGUGGGGAUUCCUUCUGCGACUACUAAUGUUGAAACUGAAGUUACUGAUUUUCCAAGAGAUCAGGUCAUCCAGAAUCAAGAUGAUCCAACACCUUCACCAGAACAAGUUGAAGUUAGUCAAGAUUGCAUCAACAGCCGGAUGUCUAACUUUCAAACAAAAUCCGCAAUAUCCCGCAGAUGUCCCGAUUCAGAGAAGCAAGAAAGAAACAGAAGAUUGUUGCCAGCGGCAUCCAGAUCGCUAACUGAGGAAAUGAAUGACUUGGACAUAAAAGAUAAGCAGAUUGAGAAACCACAGGUUAAAACCGCCAAGACUCGUGUUCAAAAGAAAGCAGAAUCAACCAAAGGUCAGGAAAUUGAGGUCCCUGCCCGUGAAGCAGAACCUACAUCAACUAAGAAACAGAGGAAUGGACAGAAACCAAAAAGGAGACUCCAACCUGCUGCGUCUGUGCUAUUAACAAGAGAAAUAAACACGUUAGAGAUCGAGGAUGAUAUCGCCGAGCCAAAGGGGAACAGAGGUGGAAAGAAGACGACAGUGUCACAACCGAGAAGCCAAGGGAGUGUCACUCUCCUCCGCCUCCUCACUGACAAUCUUCAUCUCUAACAACAUCAACAUAUUAUUGCUAUCUAUGCAUAUCUCCACAACUCACACUGGCUUGGUCGUUUUGGUUCUUGCUAUCUAUGCAUAUCUUUGCAGCCUGUAUUAUGUUUCACCAUCAAAACCACCUUUUUGUCCCUUGUGAUUAGCCGUAUAAAUUGGAUCGUGAGUUAAUGUAAGAAAAGCUUA